CACAUAUCGUUAAAAACGUAUUAAUGAUUCAAACAAACUGAAAACAUUCUAGGCAUCAAAAUGCAAACCGAAGGCGAUCCCUUGUUGGCAAACGACGAAGUUUUGGAAAAUGUUAGACGGAGGGUACAACAUAAACUUGCUGGAAGAUUUAUGGAUGCGAUGGGAACAGCACCUGAUGCCUCUGAAGAGAAUAAGACUGAGAAAUCGUUACUGAGUCAAAACAUGGAUGAAGAAACAAGAAAGAAAUUUGAGGACAGGUUUGGUAAAUACAGAAGUAAGGACUCCCCAUACAGUAUUCAGAACAUCCUGUGGUUGAUAUCCUCUAUAGCUGUCUUCUACUACACAGACUUCUAUAUCGCAUGCCGAUACGAUCAAAGAGUGAAUAGGGUGUGGUUCAACGUCGGAGCCAUCCUAAUGCUGGUCAAUCUCUCCAUUGCCGCCUUCCUUAUUGUGUACAUAACAUACAUCAAGAAGGUCAGCACCGAUCAGUGGGAGAACCUCUACCCAGCCGCUAUCCCCAUAGCUACAGGGUCAUUUAUACUCGGAGGAAUUUGUGUGACGGUGGGACUGUGGCCGAUUUGGAGUAUAUUUACCCCUGUCAUCCUGUUUACCCUUUUCAUGGGUAUGAUUGUAACAAUAGCAAUGUUACCAAACUUCUAAAAGCUAUACCCAGAAAGAGACUGAUAGGACUUAUGUGGACUUCAGAAGAGAAACUUGUCAGCAACUCAACUGUACAAGGUUUUUGUUUUAUACCUUGCUCUGUACUUGAUGCUGAUCAAAGAAAAAGUUGUUGUUUGUGAUAAAUGUUAUUUAUUUUUAAAAUAAGAUGACACAUAUAAUUAGUUUUUAUUUAUAUGAAAUGUACCAAGCAAAGGCAUUAUAUUUCCAUGUAUAACAAUGUACAUAUUUAAUUCCCUUUCUCUAUUUUAUGUUGAAUGGUUAUUUUUAUAUCUCAUCCUUAAAGUAUGUGGUAGGUACAUAAAGUUUUAUCCAUGUACAUGUAUGUUGUUUUGCAUUUCUGAAAUGCAACAAAAGUCCCUCUUCCUUAUUGCUUUUUUGUAGAUACUUAGCUUAUUUUUAUGCCUCCUUUCGAAGGAGGGAGGACAUAUUGCUUUGCUGCUGUCUGUUGGUCAGUUGGUCCGUCCGUCUGUCGGUCCAUCAUCAGUUUCCGUUCAUUUACUUUGCAGAGGUUGCACAUAUUGAAAUGAAAAAAAUUGGUAUACAGAUUUAUCAUAGAUUUAUUAUUAGAAAAUAUAGGUCAAGUUCUCUUUUCUACAGAAUUAUGGCCCUUGGACUUAUUUGGGGGGAGGGCAUAAGUGUUUUACAAACCUCUCUUGUUGUAUAAGGUUUUAUGAUGAUGUUGAUUGAGUGACAGUUGGUUUGAGUUGUAACACUUAAUGCUCAAUUCAAAAAAAAAAA